GCUUCUCGCUAAUCUGCGCACAGUGGAUACAAGCUGAGGGGUUUUGGUUGUCGUACAGCUGCCGUAAACCCUAAUUAAAUUCGAUGAAGAUGAAUUGUGGCCGUUUGAUUUCCGGCGGAGGGCGGAUGCUCCGGCAGUUGUGUACGGCGGCGACGAGGCUAGGGCAACCGGAGGCCAAGCGUUCAGCAAAUGAUGUUAGGCUUUAUCGAAAGUUGUCGGCCGUGAAUAUGACUGGAAGGACCGUUUCGCAGACGUUAGAUCAGUAUAUUCUUGAAGGCCACGUCCUCAGGAAAGACGAACUCCAACGUUGCGUAAGGGAGCUCCGAAAGUAUCGUCAUUAUCGAAAUGCACUCGAGAUAAUGGAAUGGUUAAAAGUUAGGGGAACGGCCUUCUCCGCAACAGACUUUGCACUGCAUUUAGAUCUAGUGUCCUCAACUAAAGGGGUGGCAGCUGCUGAGAGCUAUUUUAAUGGUCUUCCUCUUCGAGCUAAGAACAAUUUUGUAUAUGGAACUCUUUUGAAUUGCUAUUGUAGGGGCUUAAUGGAAGACAAGGCACUGGCUCUUUUUGAAAAUAUGAAUGAACUCAGUUUUCUCACCAGCGAUCUGCCCUUCAGUGAUCUCAUGCGGUUAUAUAUGCGACUGGGCAAACCUGAGAAGGUGCCUCCAUUGAUAGAUAAUAUGAAGCAGAGGAAAAUAUCAAUGACUGCUCCUACAUAUCAUAUCUGGAUGAAUAGCUAUGCCUCCUUAAAUGAUAUUGAAGGAGCAGAAAGAGUCUUUGAGGAGAUGAAAAAGGAAGAUGCAGACAAAAUCAACUGGCUGACUCAUAGCAACCUUGCUGCUAUCUAUGUAAAGGCUAAACUUUUUGAGAAAGCUGAAUCUGCGCUUAAGAUGUUAGAAAAGCUAGCAAGACCGCAGGAGCGUGAAGCUUACCAUUACCUACUAAGUCUUUAUGCAGGGACUGGUAAUCAAGGUGAAGUUUACAGGGUAUGGAAUUACCUCAAAUCUGUCCCUUCAGUGACUGACAUGAGCUAUCUUACAAUGCUUCAAUCCCUUCGCAGGCUUAAUGAUAUUGAAGGUUUAGCAAAGUGCUUUGAGGAGUGGAAAUCAAAUUGUAUCUCUUAUGAUAUGAGAUUAGUGGGAACUGUUAUAAGUGCCUACUUGAGCCAGGACCUAUGUGAAGAAGCCUUAUCGGUGUUUGAAGAGGCCAUCAAAAGGAGGGAGGGCAAAGGACCUUUCGCGAAGACUCAUGAAACCUUCAUACUCUUCUACUUGGGGAAACGUAAGGAAGAGCUUGCAGUGCAUCACCUAGAGGCAGCUCUUUCAGAAGCCAAGGACUAUGAUGGAUGGAGUCCUUCACUGGAAGUUAUCCUUGCAUUUCUGAACUUCUACGAAGAAAAGAAAAUUGAUGGGGCUGAGAAGCUUCGCCAGAUUUUCAAGAAUCACAAUUUUGAUGACCAUUGCCUACAAGUGGAUUUUUCAGCAGAUGUUCACUCUGAGUAGAAGUGUCAUCUUAUGUAUUUUGGCUCUACUUCAUUUGGUUUUUUAUUGUGUAAAAUAUUCUUGAAAAUUUCAAUGUCUUGGUGAGACUUGCAUAGUAGAUAAGAAAAACGCGUCUGCAGGACAGGCCGAAAGAUGCAUGUGUUGGUUAGAAAAGAAAAUUUUAAAUUGUGAUAA